CGAUGACGCGGCGCGCCAAGGGGCGACGCAUGGAGCGCGUGCACGCCAAGCUGCGGCAGCAGGAGGAGAAGCUGCUGCGCGACCAGCAGCUGAGCUCUCGGCCCGCGUGGAUCCAGCUGCUGGCCGCCAUCGACGGCCCCGCACCGAGCAGCAGCAACAGCAGCAGUCUGCGUCUGUCGAGCGAGAGCCCUCCGAAGCCCCCGAUCGUGGACGAGCUGCAGUGGAAGAGCUCGCAGGUGCCCAUCGCGGCCUCGGGCGGCUUCCAGCUGCCCAUCAAGCUGGACGCGCGCAAGGGAGAGCUGCACUACUCGUUCUCCACGAGGGACUACGACGUCAACUUCGGCGUGCAGAUGAUCUGCGCGGACGGGAGCCUCAUCGAGCUGCUGGACUCGCGGCGCUACGAGAGCCAGAAGCAGCAGGUGCAGGGCCAGCUCAGCCUCUCGGGCCCGGGUAUGGUGCUGCUGCUCUGGGACAACUCGUUCUCGUGGCUCAACUCCAAGCAGCUCGCGUACCACGUGGAGCUCAAGCAGGAGACGCUGCCCGUGUCCGAGGCGGAGAAGACCCAGCUGGCGCUCAAGGCCAGGCUCGAGCGCGAGCAGAGGCUGCUGCAGCGCGAAGGAGAGUACGACGGCCUCGAGACGCAGGUGCAGACGGAGACGCAGACGAUCGACUUCCUGCGCCACCAGAUCGAGGAGCUGCAGACGCAGCUGAGGCAGCACGAGGAGGCCAAAGAGAGCGUCAACAGGAAGAAGGACCAAGUCGGCGAACAGAUUGAAGAGCUCUGCUGGGAGCUGCAAGCAUUGAGCUGGAGGUGCUUAGAUCAAGCAGCACUGCAUCGGAUUCUUGACUUCCUGGGUGAGAAGGAUGUGGUCGCAUGGUCACUGACAAGCAAACGGUGGUAUCAGUAUGGACGCGCUUAUCGAGCCAGCAAACUCGAGAAUGCCAAGUCGAAUGCGCAGGCCGCUGCGUGA